AUGGAGACCAGUCUGAGAAAGCAGAACUACAUGCCCAUCUCCGAGCGCGAUCUCCACCAUCUCCUUGCCGAAGCCAUCGUCGCGGGUCAAGGGAACGACUCCGUGGAAAUAUCUACCGGAUUGCAAGAAGCCGACCCUUCAGCAUCUGUCAAACCAAUAUGGUUCAACAACCCUCGCUUCUCACACCUCAUCAGCCAUGGUAGUGUAAUGCAGUCGACUUCCAAGGGCACGGGCCCUGAAGCAAGUCUGAAGCAAAAGCUGGCCUCGGCGUCCGGACACAGCGACGCCUGCCAGCAACUCGAACAAGCCUUCACUGUCUAUCUUGGAGCUUUGCUCAAGCUACCCGUAGAAACCAUUACUGCCGAAGACCCGAUCAUCGACCUCGGUAUUGAUUCUCUGGUGGCCGUCGAGAUCCGUGGCUGGCUUGCAGCUGAGGCCGGCCAUGAUAUACCUGUUCUGAAGAUACUGAGCGGAGCGUCGAUCCAACAACUAUGCUCCGAAGCCUGUUCGAAAAUGUCUUUCCAAGAGGAUGUCCCGUCGGCUUCUGCCCCCGCUGCCACACCAGCUGGCCCAACUGUUGCAACUACUGACUCGAGCUCAACCUCUCCUUCCGGAUCCAUUACGUCUCGACGACAAUCUGUCGGUAGCCCGGACACGUUAUCUUCCUCGGGCACAUACACUCCCCCGGAACGGCCGGAGAAGCCAUUGCCAUUGCGAACACACGCUGCUUCGUUCGGACAAACGAGGCUGUACUUCGCCUCGCAGUACCUGGAUGACGCAAGCCCAUUCAACUGCACCACGUCGUAUACGCUAUCUGGGCGUAUUGGUGUCGCCCGGUUUGAAGCGUCUAUCGCUAGCGUUAUGCGACCCCACGAAGGCUUCCGCACCAUGUUUUCUACGGACAGCUUGACAGGGACUGCGAGGCAAGGCAUCUUGGAUGAACUUGAUCUUCGGUUACCACCAUAUCAUCAUGGAUGGCGUGAGCUGGCAGCUGUUCCUGCGAGACUUGGCCAAGUUCUACAACAACCCGCAGUCUUCGGACCCCCCCCCCCCCCCCCCCCAGCACAGCCAGCCGACUUUGCCCUGAAACAAGAGGCGGACCUGACAGCUGGCGAAUAUGACGAGCGCUUAAAGUACUGGCAAGACCAGUUCCCGCACGUGCCUGAGCCAAUGCCUCUGUUUCCGUUCUCCAAAGUCAGUGCACGGAAACCGCUCACAUCUUACGAGAUGCGAGAAGUUGUCUCGUACGUUGACGCGGGGCUAGUUGUUCAGAUCAAGAAGGCCGCUCAGGCCUCGCGAACUACAUCGUUUCACUUCUGGCUGGCAACCUUUCAAGCAAUGUUGAGCCGCUUUCUCGACAUCGAAGAUCUCUGCAUAGGGAUUGUCGAUGCCAAUCGGUCUGAUCCGGCCUUCAGCAACACCAUUGGGUUUCUUCUAGAGAUUCUGCCAGUCCUCUUCCGCGUCAAAGGGAAUCACCAAUUCAAGCAGGUUCUCACCGCAACCCGCGCAAAGCUACGCGGUGUUGACACGUACGGGUGUGCCCUUUGA